AUGGACGGCGGCGCGGCGGAGCUGCGCGAGGCCCACAGCCUGACGGGCCACGGCGACCGCGUGUGGGCGCUCGCCUGGAACCCCGCCCCAGGCCCCGGCUCCGGCCCCGUCCUCGCCUCCUGUAGCGGCGACAAGACCGUCCGGAUCUGGAAGCGCGCCCCCGACGGCGCCUGGCAGUGCUCGGAUGUGCUGGAAGACACGCACAACCGCACGGUGAAGUCCUGCGCCUGGUCCCCCAACGGGAAGCUGCUGGCCACCGCGAGCUUCGACGCCACCACGGCGGUGUGGGAGUACAACGGCGGCGACUUUGAGUGCGGGCACGAGAAUGAGGUGAAGAGCGUGUCGUGGAGCCCGUCCGGGUCGCUGCUCGCCACGUGCAGCAGGGACAAGACGGUGUGGAUAUGGGAGGUGCUGCCAGGGAACGAGUUCGAGUGUGCCUCGGUGCUGACGGGCCACACGCAGGACGUCAAGAUGGUGCAGUGGCACCCGAUCCUCAACAUUUUGGUCUCUGUCAGCUAUGAUAAUACCAUCAGGGUCUGGGCUGAUGACGGAGACGACGAGUGGCACUGUGUGCAGACAUUAACUGAAGCCAAUAACUGUUAA